AUGUGGCCAGAACAUUGGACCGACCAAUCAACGACGAUUCGACUAUUCUUCAAUGGACAACAACUCGAGGAUCAAUAUUCGAUUCGAACGUACGGUCUGUCUGAUGACAAUGUCAUUCAUGUCAUGUUGACCACCGCCACGAACAUAGUGGAAUCCAAAAUCGCUGACCACGAUCACAACAAAUCUGAUGACGAUGAUGAACAAUCGAUCCAACAAGACGAUUACUACUCGGUGGGUGACCAUGUCGAUGCAUUCAACGAGCAAACUGGAUCAUGGUAUCCUGGCCGAAUUGUCCGAAUGACAAAAUCAACAUCAUCCAUCCACUAUCACAUAUCGUUCGAAAAACAAUCUCUGGGCAGCGACCAAAUUCGUUCGUUGUCUCAAAUCAGACCACAACCGUACUGCAUGAUCGGCAAAGAAGCUUUGCGACCAGGCCAGACUGUACUUGUUUGCCUGGAUCAUCAAUGGUAUGCGGCUGUUGUGGAAAUGACAAAACGUAGUCGUCGUGACCGCAUGAGUGUGUGGUUGGCGUUGGUCACUCACGGCUCAGAAAUGCCCAUCAUCAGACAACAGAUUAGUUAUGGCGAUGGACUCAUUUACAAUCUCGAAUCCAACGUUCCUAUCGCUGAACGAAACUCACAGCUUGACCUAAUCAUCAAGAAUGGAUCCCAAAUUAACCGCCAUAUCGAACCAGAUUGUAACCAAUGCCGUGACGACGCAACAAUCAAUCGAUGCACGGAAUGUGGCUGUCAAGUGUGUUCGGAGAAAGCUGAUCCAGACAAACAACUCGUAUGUGACGAAUGUGAACGUGCCGUGCAUCUUUGGUGUCUGAAACAGCCGUUGGACAAAACACCCGAUGACGACCACGACUGGUAUUGUGAUGAAUGCCGCAAUGAAACCAAUGACGAAUUGUUAAGUCGACAACAAUCUCAUCUUCAACAACGUCAGCAGGAUACAUAUUCAACAACACGAAUCGAUAUGGCUUGGGGAUAUGGCAUGGCCUGUGCUUCACGUUCCAAACAUCCACAUCGAAACCAAGUCAAAUCUCAAACGUUCGGCCACAUACCACAAGUGGCCGUUGGAUCGUGGUGGCGAUUCCGAGUACAAGCAUCCGAAGCAGGUGUCCAUGCUCCUUUGGUGGCCGGCAUUCAUGGUAGCCAAUCGUUGGGUGUUUAUUCGCUUGUAUUCGCUGCACUCAACCCACAGGAUGUAGAUUUAGGCAAUGAGAUCUACUACACAGUCAACACACCUGGAUCAGUGCGCAAACGAAGCGGUAGCAAGAGUGUCUCGCAAUGUAACCAGAAACUGCAACGAGACGCUCUAGCAUUGGCACGAAAUUGUCCGGUUCCGAUCAAUGAACAAUACGGCGCCAGUGCUCACGGUCCUGAUCGCGAUUUAUGGAAACAAGGUCUGCCCAUACGAGUGCUACGAAGCGGAAAUAGCCGCAUUCCAAAACACAAACGGUCCAGGUAUUUGCCCAAGAUUGGUGUUCGAUAUGACGGACUCUACAAAGUACAAAGCUAUUGGCCUGAAGCUGCCACCAACGGACAUCGAGUUUGGCGAUUCCUACUUCGUCGAGACGACAAAGAACCGGCACCAUGGACCGAUGCCGGACGAUACAGAACAAAAAAAUUGGGCCUUCAUCAAUUACAAUAUCCGCCUGGCUGGUGUCGCCAGGUUGCACAGAAACGUUUCUGGACCACUGAUGCGAAUAUACGGUCCAAACAAGCCAGAUCAUCAUCGAUCAACGAUCAUCAAUCAAAACAGAGCGAAUCGAAUCCAAUAAUAGAUUACUACGUCAUACCGGAAACGCUGGUCAAAUUGAUUGGCAAGGACGAAGCCAACAAGCAAGUCUGGUCGGACAUACUGGCCCAGCGACAUAAAAAUCUAGUCGAAUUUCGUAUCACCGUUCGCCAUGCAUUCCGUUGUGCAUGCUGCAUCGAAAUUGUUGAGAAUGAUGGUAAUGAUAUGAUCACCACUGAAUGUGGCCAUAACUUUUGUCGGCCAUGUCUUCAGCAAUAUCUCACCACCAUGCAGCAUCAACGAAAGAGUCCAGUUUGUCCAUUGUGUCGAUCAAGGCGUUUUCUUUCCACAGGAUCUUUGCCAGAAACAAACAGCGUUUUGACAGAAAUCCUCACCUACGUCGAACAAUUGUUGUCAUAA